AAAAAAUAUUAUUGGAUAGAUUAAAAUAAAUAACACUGUUCAUAGUUCAAAUUUUCAUUAUGAAUAAUCGUUUUUUUGUUGUAAAAUGUUGUAAUGUUACAGAAUAGAUGCAAUUUUAUCUAUUCCGUGCUAUGGAAUUUCGUGCGUAUCUUUAGCAUACUCCAUGGCUCCAUGCCCUGUGUUUUUAAUUUUUUUAAUUUAAUACAAUAGUAUAAUAAUAUGAGCUUAACUAGUUUUAAUUUUUAUAAAAUUUAAUCAGUAUUCAUAUUGUAUUUGUUGAUGAUUAAUUAUUAUACAAGAUAAUGUUGAAAAAUGUUAAUGCAUAAUAUGGCCAACUCCGUCUACAGUUUGUUUAAAAUGAAAAAAUAUUUUAAGUAUGUUGUUAUAGUUUUAUUAUGGUUACUGUAUUAUUUUGGUGUGUUCACUCAUUUUUUUGAGUUGGAUUAUAAUUCUAAAUUUGUCUAUCCACUGGAAACUGACAUAUCAAAAUGCGUAAUGAACGCACAGUCAGGUAACUCUGACCAACCACCUUGUAGUAAAAUAAAUACACUACAAUAUGAUUUACUGUUAUCAAAUGACACUAAAUGUAAUGGAAACAUUCAUUUACUAAUAUUAGUGAAAUCGUCAUUAAAUCAUUUUGAUAAACGAAGGACCAUUCGACGAACUUGGGGAUUUGAGAAUCGAUUUUCUGAUGUACCAACUAGAACGGUUUUUGUAUUAGGAAAGUCAUAUGAUAUCGAUUUAGAAAAACGCAUUAAAGAAGAACAUGAACAGUAUGGAGAUAUUGUACAAUAUGAUUUUAUUGACGAAUACUACAAUAACACUGUCAAAACUAUGAAUGCAAUUAAAUGGGCUUCAACACAUUGUAAUGAUUCAAGGUUCUAUUUUUUCUCAGACGAUGACAUGUAUGUGUCUAUAAAAAAUGUCUUACGUUAUUUGCGAAACCCAACUGAAUAUCCAGAAUAUUUAAGUAAAGAAGUAAAAGGAAAGCAAUCAAAACAUAUAUUGCCAUCGGAUGUAGUAUUAUUUACUGGAUAUGUUUUUCAUUCUUCACCACUGAGACAUCAAAUAAGUAAAUGGUAUGUCUCACUCUCUGAAUAUCCAUAUCAUAUGUGGCCUCCAUACGUCACGGCUGGUGCUUAUAUGUUAUCCAAUGCAGCUUUAGUCAAAUUUUAUUAUGGAAGUUCUUAUGUAAAACGGUUUCGAUUUGAUGACAUAUAUUUAGGAUUAUUAUCAAAAAAAUUAAAUAUAAAACCUCUUCACUGUGAACACAUAUAUUUUUAUAAGAAACAUUAUUCUAUAAGUAGUUAUAAAUAUGUUAUAGCUAGUCAUGGAUAUGACGAUAGUGAGGAAUUACUUAAUGUUUGGAUAGAACAAAAAAGUAAUGGAAACGCAUAAGACUAUUUUGUAUUACUACUUAAAAUUAAUAAAUUAUUUCUUGUUUCUUUCGAUAUUGAAACAAAAUAUAUAUUUUUUAAAUUUAGAUUUUGUUGUUGAAAAAAUAAUUAAUUAAACAUUAUACAAUUUUAUAAUGAUCUGUAUAAGUGUAAUGUAUAUACAUUAUUUUUAUUUCAAUAAAUAUUUUUUACUUAAAAACUUAAAA